UUACGCGUCUCCUCUUCUCUUUUUUUAUGCGACCCAGUCCCUGCCCCCUCUCCUCCUCCUUCCGUUUCCACACAAACCCUAAUCCACUCCGUCGACUUCGAUUCCGACUCCUUCCGAUUCCCAUGACCGCGACUCCGAGCCGUUAGGUCACAAAACGCGAAGCGAAAGGUUGAGAGGCCACGAACAUGGAGGACAACGGCGAGGAGAAGCUGCUCGCCGCCGUCCGGCACAUCGCCAAGACGCUGGGCCGGACCGAGACCAUGGCCGACGACAUCCUCCAGGUCUUCUCCGCUUUCGAUGGCCGCUUCUCCCUCGACAAGAUCUCCUCCGACCGUCCUCUCCCUCACCGACGCCCUCCCGCCGAUUCUCCUCCGGAUGCUGCCGCGGUUGCCGGCGUGCGACGGGAGGCGGACGACCAUCGACCGCUCUCCCUGGAGCGCACCGUCCGCACACUCGACCGUCAGAUCUCACGCUUCGUUUCCUCCAAUAGCUUCAUCUGGUCUGAUGCAGGGGAUGCUGCCGCUUUCCUUGAGGCUGUUGAUGACCUACUCGCGACCAUCCGCGAACUCGACUCUCUCGCCGCGCCAGCCGAUAAACCCCUUCUUGAUCGCGCCGAUGAUCUGCUUCAGCGGUGCAUGCUCCGCCUCGAAGAAGAGUUUCGUGCUAUCCUUGACCGUUCGGAUGGCGCCGGUAUCUCUACGCCACCAUCUCAUGACUCUGACUCCGAUGGCGCUGACGUGGAUGAUGACCGCAUCCCGGUCGCUGCCCCCGUUGACGACUACAAUCUCGUCAUCGAUGCCCUGCCCCCCGGCUCUGUUGCUGAUCUCCACGCCAUCGCCCGCCGGAUGGUGGUCGCCGGGUUCGGCAGCGAGUGUGCGGAAGCCUACGGAGUUUCCCGACGAGGAUUCGUUGAUGAGUCCGUCGCCCGGCUAGGCCUUCGCCCCCGCCCUGCCGAUGAGGUCCAGACCACUCCAUGGUCUGGGCUUGAGGACGAGAUCGCCCGCUGGGUCAAGGCUGCUAAAAUGGCCUUCCUAAUUCUAGUCCCCAGCGAGCGCCGCCUCUGCGAACGCGUUUUUGCCUCAUUACCUCCCUUUGCGGACCUUGCUUUCGCCGCCACCUGCCGCCCUGCCGCCGCCAGCCUCCUCUCCUUCGCAGACGCUGUCGCGGUCGGCCCACGUGAACCCGAGCGUAUUUUCCGCCUUGUGGACAUGUACGAGACCCUCCGCGAUCUCCUCCCCGAACUCGACCACCUCCUCUCCGAGCAAUACUCUGCCACUCUCCGCGCGGAGGUUGCCUCCGCACACAGGGCUCUGGGAGCCGCGAUCCGGGGUAUAUUCGUCGAGCUAGAGAACCUUAUCCGUCGUGACCCAGCCAAAGCCGCCGUCCCAGGGGGCGGUCUUCACCCGAUCACUCGGUACGUCAUGAACUACCUCCGCGCGGCGUGCGUCUCCCGGCGGACCCUCGAAGAAGUCAUGGACGAGGAUGCUGCUGGCGCUGGCAUCCUCCCCGAUCACCACCCACCCUCGUCCUCCUUGGCUCUUCAGGUCGCGUGGAUCAUGGACGUGCUCCAGUCCAACCUUGAGGCCAAGUCGAAGGUAUACCCGGAGGCACCCCUCAGCUACAUCUUCCUGAUGAACAACGGCCGCUACAUGACCCAGAAGGCUAGGGGCAACGAGCUGGGGGCGCUUUUGGGGGACGACUGGAUCCGGCGGCAGAUAGCAAUGGUACGUCGGUGGAGCAACGACUACCUGCGGGCGACGUGGACCAAGGUCGUCGCGGUGCUGCGGGUGGACGGCGUUAGCGCUGCGGCCGCGUCGUCUUCGGCCGCGGCCGGGAAGGCGUUGCGGGAGCGUCUGCGCGUGUUCAACAACUACGUGGAGGACAUAUGGAGGGUGCAGAGCGGGUGGGUAGUGGCGGACGAGCAGCUCCAGACGGAUCUGCGGUUGGCGGUGGCGACGAUGGUACUGCCGGCGUACCGCAACUUCAUCGGCCGGCUGCGUACGACCGCGGAUGCCGGAAAGCAGGCGGAUCGCCAUGUGAAGUACAGCGUAGAGGACGUGGAGGCCAGGAUCAACCAGCUGUUCGAAGGCGCUCGCCGGCGGUGAUAGUGCGGUCGCCGUUGUUGGUGUUAUAUUUAGUCUCGAGUCCUUAGCACUUAUGGUCUUUUCAUGUUACUUGUUCUGGAGCUACCAUUGCUAAAGCUUCCAACUUUGGAAGAUCAAGCAGUCACCCAUCAACAUUCCGGAGCAGGUACUAAUUACUACUAUCUUCUUGUUGCUGUUGCCUGAUUGUUUAUCAAUCUCAGAGCUUAGAAAUCUUUCUCUUGUUCCUUUCA